GGUUUGUUGCAUCCCGCCUCGCCAACUCUCUCGAUAGCUCACUCAGUACUGGGGAGAGACUACAGGUCGGCCUGGCUGAAUUGAAUUGGAUAAUAGCUCUGAAAAUAAAAAUUAAGAGUAGCUUAAUUAGCUCUGGUCUUGAGGUGUCCGUAGCAAGUGAGUGUUGGAAUGGAGCAGUUUGGUUGGGGAAGGGAGGAAGGAGGGUGGAGGAAAGGGCCAUGGACAGCGCAGGAAGACAAGCUGCUGCUUGAGUACGUGAGGCAACAGGGGGACGGGAGGUGGAAUUCUGUCGCCAAGGUCACAGGUCUGAAGAGAAGCGGGAAGAGCUGCAGGCUACGGUGGGUGAACUACCUGCGGCCAGACCUCAAGAGAGGCAAGAUCACACCGCAGGAGGAGCGCGUCAUACUCGAGCUGCACGGCUUGUGGGGAAACAGAUGGUCGACGAUCGCGCGCAGCCUCCCGGGCCGGACGGACAACGAGAUCAAGAACUACUGGAGGACGCACUUCAAGAAGGGCAAGCCCACGUCCAAGAACAUCGAGCGCGCCAGAGCCCGGUUCCUCAAGCAGCGCCGCGAGAUCAUGGAAGGCUACCCUCGCGGCCAAGACGAUGGCGAAGACGUUGCUGCGAGCGUAGACAACACCGGCUACGCCGCCGCCGCUGCGGCGGUGAGCCAUGACGCAGACGAAGCAACGGUACGGCCAGCGGCACCGACGCAGGACGAGGACAUGGAGGUGAUAAUGCCGGACAUGGACGAGUUCCUCCAGUACCACCCCAUGUCGGCCUACUUCCUCCAAGGCUGCUGCGUCGACGGCGGCACCAGCGCCUCGGCGAGCGACGCGGGGUCCAGCGGGGAGAUCGACGGCGGCGCCACGUGGGGGAGCCUGUGGAACCUCGACGACGAUGACGUCGUUCUGGAUGACGUCGACGUUGUUGGCGCGUGCUGCUGGGACAGCUUUGGACUCGCUUUCUACUAGCUACGGCAUACCCAAUUGCCCAAGACCUACGCGUGUGGAGGAUACACGUAGCGGCUACAGAGGUGAGAGCGAUACGAAAGCGAUAGGCCAUUUGCGUACACGUUGGUGGAUAAGGAUGCGUCGGCGACUAGAGACCCACUUCGAGGAGGAGCCUCACUCCCCUGCUGCCUCGGUGGCCUUUAAAGAACCCUUUUUCUUUUAGAAAUAGAUGGUCUUUUCAGGGAAUGAAAAUAGAAAUAAGCUCUUGGUAUUUCCCUUUCGGAAAUCAUAGGUGACAGAGAAAACAAAGGUGUUUAAGAACGUACCUGAGCUAAGCUCGUGUACUUCUACGGUUAUGUAUCUGAGGUAGUAUUAUAAUUCGGAGGCUGAACAGAUCUACACACGAUUCUCGAAGGAGCUAA